AUGUCUCAAGGAUAUAACAAGCUAUCUUCGGCGGAUAGUAAGGCACAACAAAAUGUCCCAGAUCUUAUUGAUCAAGACGAUUUCACGGAUCAACAAUACGUUGUACCAGAUGAUUACCAGAAUACUGCAAAGACGGCCAAAAGUGCUCCAACACAACCACAGCCAGAAGUUGUUCAGCCGCAAAUACCUAUAGAUAGUUCCAAUUCACAUAUGUUCCAAAUCAAUUUUUACAGAAAGUUUUUUGAAUUAGAUUCAAUCACAUUUUUCGAGAAAAUCAAGCGGGCGUUGAACCCGAUCAACAAAUCGACGUCCGUUAGUGACGACAAUGACGACAAUGAGGUGACCGAGCUCUAUGGUUUCAUUUGGAUUACAGGCACCCUUAUAUUUUUAAUGUUUGUGAGCUCUACUGGAGCAAACAUUUUGUCGGAGUGGAUCCACUCCGAUGACAAGAAAUAUGAGUAUAGCUUUGAGCUUCUCACGUUGUCAAUUUCGCUAUUCUACGGCUACAAUGUCUUGGUUCCUCUCAUAUUGUACGUCUUAACAACGUGGGUUUUAAAGUUUCCUCAUAGACUCUCGUUGACCAAAUUGAUCUCUGUUUAUGGCUACACCAAUAUUUUAUGGUUCCCAAUCACCGCAAUUAAUUUUUUGAUAGUUGUUUUUGUCAAUAACAAGAGUCAUCGUUUGAUUUGGAACUUUCUCGAGUGGGCGAUAGUAUUAGCAAGUGGAUUUGUCACUGGAUUGAGUAAUUUAACCAAAUUAAGUCCUAUUAUCAAGAAGAAUUCAUUAGACUUAACCCAAGAGUCGGCCGUGAAUCGAGAAACUAGGCUCUAUAUGAUUAUCAUGGUUCUCCUAGCAAUUGCCCACUUACUGUUCACCAUUAUAGUUAAAAUCAGCUUCUUUGGUAUAUCCGUUUAG